UUUUGGUGCCACGCAAUCACUUCUUCUUCGUCCCCUUGCUCCGUGUCAUUUCUCUCUCUCUCUCCUCUGCAACUUCUCGGUGGUGUGCUCUGCGACUGGGAGAGAUCUCCAUCUCCGCCGGAGAAUCAUGGGCAAAGGUCCUGGCCUCUACUCCGACAUCGGCAAAAAAGCCAAAGAUCUUCUCUACAAGGACUAUCAGAGCGACCACAAGUUCACCAUCACUACCUCCUCGGUCACCGGUGUUACUAUAACAUCUGCGGCAACAAAGAAAGGUGAGCUGUUUCUGGCUGAUGUUAAUACCCAGCUGAAGAACAAGAAUGUUACCACUGAUGUCAAAGUGGACACAAACUCCAAUCUUGUCACAAAAAUUACCGUUGAUGAACCUUGCCCUGGACUGAAGACAAUAUUCUCUUUUACAGUCCCAGAUCAAAGGUCUGGCCAGAUUGAGCUACAAUAUUUGCAUGACUAUGCUGGGAUAAGCACAUCCGUUGGAUUGACAGCAAAUCCUUUUGUCAACUUUGCUGCUGUGCUAGGAAAUAAUGUUUUGGCACUUGGCACUGAUCUGUCAUUUGACAGCCAAACAAGUAAUUUCACCAAAUGCAAUGCUGCCGUCAGCUUCUCUAACGCUGAUCUGAUUGCUUCAUUGGCCCUGAACAACAAGGGCGACUCACUGACUGCAUCCUAUUAUCACACAGUGUACCCUGUGACAAGCACUGCCAUUGGUGCUGAGGUUACCCACAGCUUUUCUUCCAACGUGAACACUAUAACUGUGGGAACCCAGCAUGCGCUGGACCCAUUGACCACGUUGAAGGCACGGAUCAACAAUUCUGGUAAGGCAAGCGCUCUUAUCCAGCACGAGUGGCGCCCUAGGUCAUUUUUUACAGUCUCCGGGGAGGUGGACACCAAAUCCAUUGAUAAGAGUGCUAAGGUUGGUCUUGCCCUGGCUCUUAAGCCAUGAUGAGGGUGUUUUCCUCACCUGUGGGUCGGAGCAUUGAUGGGACAAAAGAAUUUAGGAAGCUGUGUAGUUCGAUCAGACCGAUGGUUUUACUUGUUUUUUGGGUUGGUUGUAAUCUCUUUCAGAGAGUAAUGCUGGUUUCCUCAGUUUCUCUCCACUUUUGGGUGGUCUUGGGAGGUGUAAAAAUAAAUGUCCUCGUCCUGAACCCUGGGGGCUACUUUUAGAAUCUUCACUUGUCAAUCGAUCGAAUGGAAGAACGAAGAACUGCAAUUCCAA